ACAAGCUAAUAUUUAACAGACUGAAAUGUGUCCUCAGGGCUAGGGGUAACCAAGGUUUGUCUUCUGAAUUCUAGGAUUGGCUGAUUUCCUUGCUAAUUUAUAGAGAGACCAAUAGAAUAUGGUCCACAAUGAAGGACGCUUAAAUUUCACCCCCAAAUAAGAAACGAAAUUACUGCUUCGUUUAAUAGAGCGCCAGAAGCAGCUAAAACUACCUUGGAUAUGGUAGCUGAUUUUAUACCUACUUUGAAUAUACUUCGAGACGAAGUGCUGCAGCAAACAGGCUCCCAAAAACACCCUUCCUGCCAAUCGUUGGUUAAGAGGCAGAGCGAACAGUUUACUUUCACCUACGGUACAGAACGUCUGCAGAAGUGUCCGCUAAGUGAAUCACAAAAGAUCAUCUAGACAACCCUGCUGGGGAAAAAAAAUCUGACAACACAGAACAGCAAUAUCGGUGAAAUAAAAGACUGGUUAUCCACAACUAUGUCUAUGAAUAAUUCUCCAAACGUAUUUUUGGACCCACAUUUGCAUAGAUUUCAGGUUAAUGUCAUUAAUGAAAGCCACGAGAAUUCAAUUCAAUCUCAGGGAGAUCCUGAUCCACAACGUUACGAAGAAACUUCGUUCGCUAAAGAUGCCAUUAAGAGACUCCACAUCAGCUUCAGGUCUGGAACCCAAGAAACUUACGACCGUUUCUUCCAAAAUGGCGACACUGCCAAGCCUGAUGGAAGCUUUCAUCCCUACGACACACAAAGUAACACCUAUUAUCUCAAAACCUUUGGACAUAACACCAUGGAUGUGGUGCCAAAAAUCGAUUAUUACCAGAACACUGGAAGCAUCAAAGGAGCCAAAAUGAACCGGCCAAGUCUGAUGGAUAUUCACGAACACUUGGCAAAGAAUAUCACGGCGACUUCAGGUUCGGUGGACAAAUUCAGCAAAGCAGAUGGCAACGCAGAAGAAGCCGAAUUCCGCAAGGAAGAAGAAACUAAAGGCAUAGUGAAAUUUGGAUGGGUGAAGGGUGUCCUGGUGAGGUGCAUGCUCAACAUCUGGGGUGUUAUGCUAUUUAUUCGUCUUUCCUGGAUCAUUGGUCAAGCUGGAAUUGGUCUUGGAGUUAUCAUAAUCCUUCUUGCUACCAUGGUUACUUCCAUUACUGGCUUAUCAACUUCUGCAAUAGCAACUAAUGGUUUUGUCCGUGGAGGUGGAGCUUAUUACCUCAUCUCACGGAGCUUAGGUCCUGAAUUCGGGGGUUCCAUUGGUCUCAUCUUUGCCUUUGCCAACGCUGUGGCAGUGGCCAUGUACGUGGUUGGCUUUGCAGAAACAGUCGUGGAACUUCUCAAGAACAGUAAUGCCUUAAUGGUUGAUGUCACCAAUGACAUCAGGAUAAUUGGCGUCAUCACCGUUGUAAUUCUGUUGGGUAUUUCGGUGGCUGGUAUGGAAUGGGAAGCAAAGGCCCAAGUGAUUCUUCUAAUUAUACUUCUGAUCGCCAUCGUAAAUUUUUUCAUUGGGACUGUUAUUCCUAGCCAUGCAGAAAAGAGGGCGAGAGGUUUUUUCAAUUACCAAGCAUCUAUAUUUACAGAGAACUUCGGGCCAGAAUUCCGAGGGGAUGAAGGUUUUUUCUCGGUGUUUGCCAUUUUUUUCCCAGCAGCCACUGGCAUUCUGGCAGGAGCCAACAUCUCUGGAGACUUAGAGGAUCCACAAGAUGCUAUACCCAAAGGAACAAUGCUUGCCAUUCUGCUCACAACUAUUGCUUACAUCGGAGUUGCACUCUGUGCAGCUGCUUGCGUCGUGCGCGAUGCUACAGGGAAUGUCAACGAUACCGUGGUAUCCGGAAUGAAUUGCAACGGAUCAUCAGCUUGUGCCCUGGGCUAUGAUUUCUCCAGCUGUAAAAUCCAGACAUGUGAUUACGGGCUGAUGAAUAAUUUCCAGGUGAUGAGCAUGGUUUCAGGAUUUGGCCCCUUAAUCACCGCUGGGAUAUUUUCUGCUACGCUGUCCUCAGCAUUAGCUUCGCUUGUGAGCGCGCCAAAGGUUUUCCAGGCUCUCUGCAAGGAUAACAUCUAUCGAGCACUCCACUUUUUUGCCAAAGGAUAUGGGAAAAAUAACGAACCCAUCCGAGGAUACAUUCUGACUUUCUUCAUUGCUCUGGCCUUCAUUCUGAUUGCCGAGCUGAAUACCAUCGCUCCUAUCAUCUCCAACUUCUUCCUGGCUUCCUACGCGCUCAUCAAUUUCUCUUGUUUCCACGCGUCGUAUGCAAAAUCUCCAGGCUGGAGACCUGCCUUUAGGUAUUACAACAUGUGGGUGUCCCUUUUUGGAGCUGUUCUGUGCUGUGGCGUCAUGUUUGUCAUUAACUGGAGGGCGGCUCUCAUCACAUACGCAAUUGAGUUCUUUCUUUAUAUUUAUGUGACCUACAAGAAGCCAGAAAUAAACUGGGGGUCAUCUGCCCAGGCCCUAUACUAUAUUAAUGCUGUUGAGAGUGCCCUGGAACUAGCAACAGUGGAUGACCACGUGAAAAACUUCCGGCCUCAGUGCAUCGUUUUGACAGGAGGACCUAUGAUAAGACCAGCUUUGUUAGACAUCGCUCAUUCAUUCACGAAGAACAACGGUCUCUGCCUCUGCUGCGAAGUGUUCAUGGGCCCACGCAAGCUGUGCGUUACAGAGAUGAACAGUGGCAUGACAACGAAGCAGGCCUGGCUGGUGAAGAAUAAAAGGAAAGCUUUUUACGCUGCGGUGGCGGCCGACAGCUUUCGAGACGGAGUCAGAAGUCUUCUUCAGGCCUCCGGUUUGGGAAGAAUGAAACCUAACACUUUGGUGCUUGGAUUUAAAAAAGAUUGGAGACAUGCCACUGCAAUGCAAGUUGAAAACUACACAGGUGCCCUACAUGAUGCGUUCGACUUUGAAUUUGGCGUGAUAAUUGUUCGAACGAGUCAAGGGUUCGAUAUAUCGCAAGUCCUUCAGGUUCAAGAGGAACUGAAGAAGAUGGAGCAGGAGAGAGAAGCCCUAGAAGCAGCUCUUAAAGAUAACGAAUUUGAAGAACAAAAUUAUGGCAUCCGUAGAUUCUUUAGAAGAGCCACCAAGCUCAACUUUACAAAGACGAUGCCCAAAAAAGAUUGCAGCAUUAGCACAAUCUCUUCAGUACAUGUUGGGGAAUUCAAUCAACGGCUCCUUGAAGCUAGCGUUCAGUUUAAAAAGAAGCAAGGAAAAGGUUCCAUUGACGUGUGGUGGCUUUUUGAUGAUGGAGGGUUAAUCCUCCUAAUUCCCUACAUUCUGACACUCCGGAAAAAGUGGAAGGAUUGCAAACUGAAGAUCUUUACUGGUGGAAAAGUUACUCGCCUUGAAGAAGAAAAGUUGAUGAUGGCUUCACUAUUAAGUAAGUUCAGAAUAAAAUUUGCCGACAUUAAUAUAAUUGGAGACAUCAACAUGAAACCCAAUAAAGAAAGCUGGAAAUUCUUUGAAGAAAUGAUUGAACCAUACCGCCUUCAUGAAAGCUGCAAAGAUUUAACAACUGCUGAGAAAUUAAAGAGAGAAGCACCAUGGAAAAUCACUGAUGCAGAACUGGAAGCAUUCAAGGAAAAGAGCUACCGUCAGGUCCGUUUGAAUGAACUCUUACAGGAGCACUCUCGAGCUGCUAAUCUAAUUAUUGUGAGCCUACCAGUGGCAAGAAAAGGAAUUAUAUCAGAUUACCUCUACAUGGCUUGGCUAGAAAUCCUCUCUAAGAACCUACCUCCAGUUUUGCUCAUUCGAGGCAACCACAAAAAUGUACUAACGUUUUACUCGUAACUCACCACCACCCCCCAGAGUCCAUUACAUGCAUUCUGGACAUAGCAAUGGACAAUAUAUCAAAUAGACUCCCAACAGGAUAUUUUGCUAUCUCAGAGUAAAAAAACAAAUCAUAUCUGCAAAAAGGGAAGAAAUGGAAAACCAAGAUUGACAGGGCAAAGUAAAAUGGAAGAGAGUACCUUGGAAAGAUAAAAAAGAUCUGCAUUCCACAUUUCAAAUCCCACUUUAAAAGUCUAGCUUUCAUCACAAAGAAAGUCCCCUUGAUGUCAGAAUAUACACUAACUUCCAUUUGUAUUAUGAACAUAUUACGUUUAAUUACUGCAGUCCUGUGGUCCAGAGUACCGUACAAUUCUAGCUAUGCAAAAACUUCCAUUCUCCUCCAUAGAAUCCAAAAUGUAUGAUUCUAUGUUCAAUGCUGUACCUGCUUACAUAACUUCAAAGUUUUGUGUUCCAUAAAUAAAUAAAAAUUUCUAUUCAUGAGUGUAACUGGGGAGCAAAAUGUCAUGAUUUAUAAGGCGUAAUAUAUAAUUUCAAAUUAUCACCUCAAGAUAAACUGAAAUCAUAUUCAAUCAACACUUAAGACAACUUUGAAAGCAAAAAUAUGUGUACUAACCUAAAUUUUUUAAAAAUUCAUAAUGAUAUUGAUUUCUUUAGAACUAUAAAUGGAAGUAAACUAGCACAGUGCUUUGGCACAACUUAGAAAUGCUUUUUAAUAAAUUGUAAUCUUUUUCUGACUGGUAAGAAUAUUUGAACUUGUAUAUUAAUUUAAUAUGUUAACAAUAAAAAUGAAUCAAGGGUUUA